UUUAAGCUUAGAUUUCUUGAUCAUUCCAGGUAUGUCGGGUCCUCAAAUAGCUGCAGCGACCAGUGCAACACUUGUAGGCGCGAUAAUACUUCUCACGGUAGCUUUCCUCAUCACCAAAUUUUGCCGAAAGAAGAAACUGCAAAAGAAUGAUGCGUCAAUAUUGCCAGUGAAGACUAGCAGUAGUGAUGGAACUCCACCAAAUUUUUCUUCCAAAAGUGAAGGCUCGGCGACUGAAGCAGAACCAAUCGAGAGGUUCCUUGAUGAAGUACUUAGAGACAGACCUGUGAGAUUCACACCCCAGCAGCUUAUAGCUUUUACUGAGAACUAUUCAGUAAAGCUUGGCUCAGGUGGCUUUGGUGAAGUCUACAAAGGGCAAUUCCCCGGCGGAAUGCAUAUAGCAGUUAAAGUCUUAAAAGCGGGCAUGGACAAGAGAGCCGAGGAGCAGUUCGUGGCCGAGGUCGGAACGAUCGGUCGAACCUGCCACAUUAAUCUUGUCAGGCUCUACGGGUUCUGCUUCGACAAAGCACUCAAAGCACUUCUCUACGAGUUCAUGGAAAAUGGCUCGUUAGAUCACUACAUAUUUGACGAGCAAAAUAGGCUCGAGUGGCCGAAGCUGCAUGAGAUUGCCAUUGGAACGGCGAAAGGAAUCCAGUACUUGCACGACGAUUGCCACCAAAAGAUAGUGCACUACGAUAUAAAACCCGCCAACGUCCUUCUCAGUAGAGACUUAAUUCCCAAGGUUGCGGAUUUCGGUUUAGCGAAGCUGUGUGAAAGGGAUAGUGACAGUUACAACAACAUGACGCUCAACGCGGCGAGAGGGACUCCGGGGUAUGCCGCUCCCGAACUGUGGAAGCCGUUUCCGGUCACCCACAAGUGCGACGUGUAUAGUUUCGGCAUGCUUCUAUUCGAGAUACUCGGGAGGCGAAAGAACCUCGACCCUAAGCAAAGCGAGAGCAAAGAGUGGUUUCCGAGAUGGGUGUGGGAGAAGAUUGAGAAGGGAGAUAUGGAGAGCAUACUAUCGCUGUCGGGGAUAUCCGAGGAGGAUAGAGAGAGGGGAGAGAGGAUGUGUAAGGUAGCGUUGUGGUGUGUUCAGUACGAGGCGGAGGCGAGGCCUUCGAUGAGUAGUGUGGUGAGGAUGUUGGAGGGGGAGGUUGAGAUCGAUCCCCCUCUGAAUCCUUUUCUUUAUCUGACUCAAUCUGAAGUACUAGUAAACUCAGAUCAGUGGACUGGGACUGCAACAAACGACUUAACUUGGACUGGGACUGCAACAAACGAUUUAACUAGUAAGGGAACUAGUAAGGAUCAACGGUGAACGGGAGAGUUCAUGAAAAUGGAUUCUUAUACAUAUUAUAGAUAUUGAUAUUGUUAUUCUUACAUUGAUUUUGUUA